UAAAAUUAUUACAUAGGCUUAAUCUAUCACGCCAACCGGCAAAACAAAGGAAUAAACACAUGGGAAAAGAGAAGGAAAGUUCAUCAAAUUCUGCCCCACAACUCCCGGAUCAUCUAGUAAUGGAGGUCCUGAAUAGAGUACCAGCCGCACUGCUCGUCAAGAACUUCAGGAUCAUAUGCAAAUCAUGGCUCCAUCACAUGUCUACUGCCGAUUUCAUAAUGCGGAAUUUUUUCCGAAGCAAACAAGAAUUGCUAAUACAAGAUCCAGUUACUGAUGACCCCUCUCGCUUCACAACUAAAUCGUUGGAGAUGGACGAGAAGGAGCUCGGGUUCAACAUCAACUACGACUAUACGCCUCCAACUCCAUUAUCAAUGUUUCACUACUUCUGUAUACCGAAACACUGGAGCGGGUUUAGACCUACAACUGGGCGGAUCAGCUGCAGUUACAACGGUGUGUUAUUGAUAAAUACUGCUUUAGAGGAUGGGUGGUUAUAUCUCAUCAAUUUCCUUACCAAGUCCAUUGUAAUCCUCCCGCGAUGCCCGUCUAAUUGUCCGCAUGAAGCUUGCGGCUCAGCUCUAGGGUUCGAUCCUCGAACCAAGCAGUAUAAAGUGGUGCAUAUAUAUGCUGCUGGUUUCGGGGUUGAGAUAUUCAGCUUGGCUGACAAUGCUUGGAAAGUGCUUCCGGGGCCUUUCCCCGAAGACUGCCAGUUGGACGCUAGACCUCAUCACGCCCCCAAAUUUUGCUGGGAUGAUCCCGUGUUAAUCGACGGACGUUAUAUGCACUGGUACGUAGAGUCAGACCGCUUCUUGAUAUCCAUGGAUGUGAGUGAUGAACAGCUUGUCAGAACCGAUCUUCCUAACUAUGGCAUCGGUAUGGAUAAGGAUGCAUAUGUAUUGUUGGACUUAGGGGGACAACUUUCGUGCAUCGUUAAUGUUUCGGACACAAGGAUCGACGUGUGGAUUUCGAAGGGCUUUCGGAAACAGGAGUGGAUCAAGAAACACAGUAUCCUUGACGAAGAAGUAAACUACAUAAACCUAAAAGCUCAGCCGAGUAUGAGUAAACUGAUUGCACUUGCAGCUUUGAGAAAUGGACAAGUGAUUAUGUUUAAGCAAAAGCAAGAAAAAGCGUUUGUGUACUUGUAUGAGAUCAAGAGUAGGCAGAUGAAGCAAUUGAAGAUGCCAAUGAAGAAUGGCCAAAGGUUUGUGCUUCACAGAAACAGUCUCAUGUCCUUGAAAACUGACCAUCUAAUUCUGAAUCGCACUUAGAUUAUCUAUCACCCUCCUAAUAUUUUUAUUUUUAUUAUUAUUCUUGUU